AUGGAUGACAUCAAUCAAACUGUUUACGCUUUGUUACCUAUCUCGCUUAUCGGCUCCGUUUUAAACUGGUCCAUUUUUUGGGCGGUGCACAAACUUCAAUGCUUCAAUCACUCAUUUGGAUACUUAUCAGCAAACCAGGCUAUUGCGGAUGCAAUGCAUUCAACAACUUUCCUACUGUACUUUUGUCCCAUGGUCUUGCUCAACGAACCAACACUGAAAGCGUGGUCCCAUCAUUUCGGAUUUGUGCUUCUUCUGUUCUAUGAGCUCUCCGUGAUGAUUCAUUUGGCAAUUUCGUUGAAUAGAUUCACAGCUGUCUGGGCUCCAUACAAAUAUAACACUAUAUUCAGCAAUUUUAACACUAAAAUUAUAAUUUUUGGAAUCUAUGUUUUCGUUGGCUCCGUUGCAGUUUUGUUCUAUGAGAAAUUCUGUUAUUUCUACUACGACGAGAAAAUUCGCUUUUUGACGUUCACAAACUCCGAAUUCUGCGGAUACAUUGGCUGGUAUGGAGACUUUUUGAAAAACUCGGUUAUCGUCGCCGUCGUGGUUUCCAUUGAUAUUUUGACAGUACUCAACGUUCGAAAAAUGUCUAGAAAGGUUGUCGCAAAUCUGAGUGAUAGCGCACAAGACCGACUUUCCUGUCGUGAAAUGCGGUUUUUGAAGCAGACGGUGACCCAAGGCGUCGUUUUCAUGUCGGAACUUUUGACCUACUUUUUCGUCCCACAGUAUUUUGAAAACAAAUGGAUUGUGUUUUUUGCCACGUCAUUUGCUUGGGUGGCAGUGCAUGCAUUGGAUGGAAUGGUCGUCGUCAUCUUCAAUCCCGAAGUGAGAGGAUUUCUCACUUGUCGAGAGAAAAAACAUCGAGUAUCAUCAACUGCUCAUACCAACCAUUCUGGACUGCAAGCCUAA